CUUGAUUUGGUUUAUUCUUUUGGAGAUUUGGGAUCGCUUUUCUAACGUUGAAGCCAAGAUAUGAAAAUAUCCUAUAUUCGACAUACAUCCCGUAUGAGCUGAGCAGCAGCAGCAAUGUCCAUAUCCAACCAUGACCCCACAUCCACCAGGGGCAUAACACAAACUCUCAAGGCCAUCGCCCUCUUUAUCCUCCACCAAUGGCUCCUCAUCGGCAUCGGUGUCGCCUGCGUCUUGGCCUACUAUUUCCCCAAUGUCGCCAAGAGCGGCGGCAUCAUCCGCUCCGAGUAUAGCAUUCUCUAUGGCGCGAUGGCCCUCAUUUUCCUGAUCUCCGGUCUCAGCGUGCCUCGAGAAAAGCUCAUUAUCCAUCUCCUUAACUGGCGACUGCAUGUUCUUGUCCAGGGUCUAUCGUUCCUCGUUAUCCCGGCUUUCAUCCUCGCUAUUGUGCAUAUUAUCUUGGCCGGUGACCCAGACGAACAUAUCGAUCGCGCUCUGCUGGCCGGGUAUAUCUUCCUGGCUUGCAUUCCUACCACUAUUGCUUCGAAUGUUGUCAUGACUCGCUCGGCGGGCGGUGAUGAUGCCGCGGCGCUGGUGGAGGUCAUUAUCGCUAAUUUCUUGGGCCCGUUUAUCACCGCUGGAUGGACGGUGACUUUGCUGCCGAAGUCGGAGGAGUUUGAUGUCUGGAGAACCGGGGAUGGGGAUCUCUCGGAUAUGUAUCGCGAUGUGUUUAAGCAGUUGGGUCUGGCGGUGUUGUUGCCAUUGGUGGUGGGUCAGUUGAUUCGCUGGGUUUGGCCGGAUAUUGUGGCCAAGGUGUUGGCCAAGUAUCGCAUUGCGAAGAUUAGCACCGCGUGCUUGAUUCUGUUGGUCUGGUCUACCUUCUCUUCUUGUUUCGCGACAGGAGCGCUCCAGACUCUUUCCGCUUCGAGUAUUAUCUUCGUGGUUCUGUUUAACAUUGCGCUGUAUAUGUUCCUUACGGCUGUUUGCUUUUACUGUUCUCGCCCGCCGAGGAUCAUCUCUGGUGUGUCGUUUACGGUGAAAUGGAAGACGUUCUAUCCCUUCCAGCAGAUGAAUCCUCAGGAGACUAUUGCCGUGUGCUUCUGUGGUCCGGCGAAGAGUACUGCGCUGGGGAUUCCGCUCCUCUAUGCCAUGUGGGGCCCGUUGAGUCUGUAUAUCAAGUCGAAGACGUCUGUGCCUGUGCUGCUGUAUACCACGGAGCAGAUUUGCGUGGCGCAUUUCUUUGUGCAUAUGUUCAAGUGGUGGCAUCGGCGGGUUGAAAGGAAGAGUGCUAGUGUGAGCGAUGUGGAGUGUGAUGGAGAGGGGAAUGCAAAUGAGAAUGGGGAGAAGAUGGACUGUCCACUGUCCGAAGCUGCGUGCGGGAAGGAUCUGGCGGAUAAGGGCAAAGGGGCAGGUGUGAGUUUGUCCCAGGAAGGUAAUAAGUAAUCGUAAUAAAGCAUAGAC